CAUGGCGGGCUAUUGAUAAUAAAAUGUUAUGUCCACGUGUGUACUUGCCGUUUUUCUGCUCUUCAGGUGAUGUAGUUCGAUUCUGCUGUUUCUCCGAGACGAAACAAUAAAUUAACUAAUGAUGGCUUGGACCUUGUGCCUGCAAAAUUCAAACUGACAAAAUUCUCCGAGUAGGCAAGUUACGAGUACGACAGUAAAAUUGAGUAAAUUGCCAAAACAAGACAAGAAGAAGUUCAAAAUGACCUCUAUUAUAAAGUUGACAGUGUUAUCAGGAGGACAAGAUGAAUCUCCUUUAGCAUAUCUUCUUCAAGUGGAUGAAUUUCGUUUUUUAUUGGACUGUGGUUGGGAUGAGACUCUGUCUUUGGAUAUUAUCGAACCAAUAAAGAGGCAUGUCAAUCAAAUAGAUGCUGUCCUCAUUAGUCAUCCAGAUUUAUAUCAUCUUGGAGCAUUACCUUAUAUGGUUGGCAAGGCUGGUCUUGAAUGUCCAAUAUAUAGCACCAUACCUGUACACAAGAUGGGUCAAAUGUUUAUGUAUGACUUUUACCAGUCACAUCAUAAUUAUGAGGAUUUCGAGUUAUUCUCUUUGGAUGAUGUUGAUGCUGCAUUUGAAAAUAUUGUCCAACUAAAAUACUCUCAGCAUGUGAACUUGAAAGGUAAAGGACAUGGUCUCACUAUAACUCCAUAUGCUGCUGGUCAUAUGAUUGGUGGAACGAUGUGGAAGAUUGUCAAAGAUGGAGAAGAGGACAUUGUCUAUGCAGUUGACUAUAAUCAUAAGAAAGAAAGGCAUUUGAAUGGUGCAGUUUUAGAGACAUUGAGUCGCCCAUCAUUACUUAUUACAGACUCUUACAAUGUUCUCAACAUGCAGGCCAGAAGACGCGAUAGAGACACACAGUUAAUGUCUCAGAUUCUCAAAACCACCAGGCGAGGGGGGAAUGUUCUUCUUGCAAUCGACACAGCCGGACGUGUUUUGGAACUGACUCAACUUCUUGAUCAACUCUGGCGUAAUCCAGACUCGGGUCUUUUAGCCUACUCUCUUGCUUUGUUGAAUAAUCUCAGUAAUAGUGUUAUUGGAUUUGCCAAAUCACUUGUGGAGUGGAUGAGUGAUAAAGUUAUGAAAUCAUUUGAGGUUGGACGCAAUAACCCAUAUCAAUUUAGAUAUUGUAAACUUUGUCAUGAUUUGAACGAACUUUCCAAGAUCCCUUCUCCGAAGGUUGUCUUGGCGAGCAUGCAAGACCUGACCUGUGGUUUUGCAAGAGAUUUAUUCAUUGAAUGGGCCGAAGACGAUAGAAAUACAGUUAUAUUCUCAACACGAACAGCUCCUGGAUCUUUGGCCAGACAACUCAUCGACAACCCUAACACGACUCAAAUUGACGUUGAGGUAAAGACUCGGAUCAAGUUAGAAGGGGAUGAAUUGAUUGAUUACUGGGAAGCCCAAAAACAGAAAGAAAAUCACAAUAAAAAAGAGACAGAAGCAGUUAAGAAAAGUAAAGAGACCGUAGCAGAUAGUGAUAGCGAAGAAGAAGACCAAGGUGUUGGAAUGACGUUUGGUGGCAGAACUAAACACGAUCUUAUGAUGAACGAUGAAAAGAGAGGGACAAAAAGCAGCUUCUUCAAACAGGCCAAGUCUUAUCCCAUGUUUCCUUGCAAGGAAGAGCGUGUAAAGUGGGACGAGUAUGGGGAGUUCAUCAAACUGGAAGAUUACGUCAUACCUGAAAUGAUGAUCGUGGAAGAAGAGAGGAAGAUAAAGGCGGAACCUGAUUCAUUGGCUUCGGAUACAGAAAUUCCUCCUGCACAAGAUGAAACUUCCCGACAUCCAACAAAAUGUAUCGUCGAGAAAAAAACCAUUAAUAUCAAGUGUUCUUAUCUCUAUAUCGACUUUGAAGGUCGUUCAGAUGGAGAGUCUAUCAAACGUAUCGUAUCCAUUGUUAAACCGAGGCAAUUGGUUGUGAUUCAUGGUAGUCCAGAUGCGACGAAACAUUUGGCUGAGUAUUGUCGUAAAAACAUCGAUAUGGAAGUUAAGACGGUUUUCACGCCAAACACUGGUGAAACUGUCGAUGCUACCCGGGAAAGUCAUAUUUAUCAAAUCAUUCUUCGUGAUUCAUUGGUAAGCUCCCUUCAGUUCUCUCAAACACGUGACGCUGAGAUUGCUUGGGUUGAUGGUCAGCUUGUGAGAGAACAGUUGAAAUCACUGGUGCACGAUCAGGAGAAUAUGGAUGUUGAUACUUUUGACUCUGUACCGGUUCUAGAACAACUGCCUUUGGCUGAGAUUCCUGGUCAUGAUCAGGUCUUCAUUAAUGAUCCAAGACUCUCAGACUUCAAACAGAUCUUACAAAAGAAUGGAAUCCAAGCAGAGUUUAAUGGUGGUGUUUUAGUUUGUUGUGGUGGUGUGAUUGCUAUUACAAGGAAUGAAGCUGGUCGUAUUGGUUUAGAUGGGGCUAUAUGUGAUGAAUAUUAUGUAAUCAGACAAAUGCUUUAUGAUCAAUUUGCUAUUUGCUGAGAUUCCACAAAGGUUCACAUUAAGGUAACUAUCAUACAUUUGAACAAACAGAAAUUGUACAUCAAUAAUAAUUGCCAACUUUGUUGCCACAUUUUCAUGCCAUGUGUAACAGAAUCUUGCCACAUAUUAAGCUAAUGCAAGUCAUCAAAGCUCACAUUAUUUCCAUUUUGUAAUUAUGUUAUUUAAUUUUUUAACCAAAGUAUUGACAUCCCAAAUAGAAUCUUCCAUAAGAUGGAAAUCACCAUUGUUCAUAAUAGCUUGAACCUAUUGCUUAUCCUUUUGAUGUUUAAGUAACAUCAAAAGUGAACUACACAUUUAUUUUUCAACAUUGAUUACCAUAAAAUAAACAGUUGCAGAAACCUAUGCAAUCAUGGUAAUCAUAACUAAGUAUACAUAGACAGUUGAAUAUAUAUUUUAACAAAACCUGCUUGUAUUAUACAUGCAUAGAGGUGAAAAUUUAAAGUUCAUUGCAUUGUUUAGUGGAA